CUUCAAUAUUGAUUUAUUUUUUAAAAUUAUUUGGUAACCUUAAAAUCUUAACCUUUUCUGCUUUUCCCUAUGAAUCUGAUGCCGCGAGUUUGGAAAUUGGAGAUUCUUGUGGUUGCAUAUCCGCGUGCUUAUUCGCUGAUGCAGGUCUGCAAUGGGUCCGAAAUUCAACUUAAUUUACGAUUUUGCCUUUGGGAUUCCAUGAGUGAGCCUUUGAGGAUGAGAAUAAGCCACGUUACAGGCGAUGGAAUAGGAGCGGAAAUGAAAGAGAUGGAGAUAAAAACAAGCACGCUAGGGUUUCUAAACAACCAAAUCUUGUUCAAUGUUACUGUGCGCUAUGCCGGUGUAAGUAGUUUUCUGUGGGUGGAAAAAGAAGAGGUUGCCGUUUCUGUUUUCUUUUUUAUCCGGUUUAAUUCUUACAGGAAUAAAAAGAAAAAAAGACAGUAGUCCGUAUUAUUUAUUGGAAAUUCGUGAGGCUGCGGUGCAUCCUCGGAAUAAUAAAAGCACAGUGUUCUGGUUGGGGGUUUAAGUAUCUGUUGUGUGGCUCUGGUUCUUCUGUUUGCCCUGGCUGACAUAUAGAAAGAACUAUUGAAGCAGCUGAGCCACUUCUCCUAUGCGGACAUCUUCAGAUAUCUCUGUAUCACACUCACCUCCUUUAUCUCACAUGAAUGCGCCCAAGAUCAUUGCAGUUCAGUGAUCCAUUACAAUUUUGUGUGCCUGGGUUGUUUUGUACGAUUGGGUGAUUUCUCCUGUCAAAAGUAUUUGCUUUAUGACACAUGAUUAUGGUACAAAUUGAAGUAUGUUUUGUGAGUAUGAGAAAUCACCAAUAUCUUGAUUGUUUUGGUGUGCAUUGGGUUCAUGGAAUUGUACUUCCUUAAUAAUGGAUGGUUCAUCUGAGUCUGAUUGGCAUAACUCAAACAGUUCCAGAAAUCUGAGAUUGGUUCAUGGCAGCGCUGUGAGGUCAUCUAGUAAUGCAUUGCCUGAUUCCGGGCUUAUCCCAACAAGAAAGGGAAGAGAGAAAACACUGUUGCCUCAUAUGAAUCAGCCUAGAGCCCACACUGAAUUUGUGAAGGGGGAGGUAGUGCCUAAUAGAGAUGGCAGGGUGGUUAGUUUGAGAAAGUUGCUGGACAAUCCAGAAAGAACAGUUGACGCUUUUGAGUGUUUGCACAUAUUCACUCAAAUUGUGGAGAUUGUUAAUGUGUCACAUUCUCAGGGAAUUGUCUUUCACAAUGUACGGCCGUCUUAUUUCAUUUUGUCGGCAUUCAACCGUGUUGCCUUUAUUGAAUCAGCAUCCUGCUUUAAUUCCACUCUUGGUUCUCUUGAAGAUAGGCUAAACAGCCAAGCAGCACAUUUUGAGGGUUCACAUUCACCUUCGCCUCAUGACUCUGAACUUGAAGGAAAGCAAUCUGUAGCCCAAAGAUUGCAAGUUCAGAGGAAUCCUACCAUUGCUUUCCCCAUCGUUACUGAAUCCAUUUUCCAACAGCAGAAACCAUGCCUGGCCAUUAAGAGCCAACAAAUCGAGGUAGAAGAGGAGGAGAAGCAUUCUUUCCCCAUGAAACAAACAGUGCUUUUGGAAGCCAGUUGGUACACUAGCCCAGAAGAAGCUGCCGGUGCUCCAAGCUCUUGCGCCUCAGACAUUUAUCGACUUGGAGUCCUCCUCUUUGAGCUAUUCUGCACCUGCAGCUCACCGGAAGAGAAAAGUGUCACUAUGUCUAGUCUGAGACAUCGAGUCCUCCCUCCCCAGUUGCUUUUGAAGUGGCCUAAAGAAGCUUCAUUUUGCUUGUGGUUGCUGCACCCUGAGCCCAGUGGUAGGCCAACUUUGGGUGACCUGUCACGAAGUGAGUUCCUUAAUGAUCCGAAAGAAUAUCUAGAAGACCGUGAAGCAGCAAAUGAGCUUAGAGAAAAAAUAGAUGAGCAGGAAAGGCUGUUGGAGUUUCUUUUGCUUAUGCAACAGAGAAAACAAGAGGCUGCACACGAUUUGAAUGAGACCGUAUCUUUUCUUUCUGCUGAUAUAGAAGAAGUUACUAAUAUGAAGACAACACUGCGGGUAAAGGAAGGAUCUGAUCUUGAAGCAGGUAAGGAUCCAGCUUCAAAUAGGAAUAAUAAGGCUGAUGAUGAUGGGAACACAGGAUCUAGAAAGCGAUUCAGGACAGGCAUUGGUCCCUGCUAUUCAGAGGAGUCUGGCAACCAUGUGAAUGAGUAUCAGACAUCAAGGACACUUGUUGAAGAUGAAGGGACUUUUCUCUCCAAAAAUUCCCGUUUGAUGAAGAAUUUCAAAAAUAUAGAGUCAGCUUAUUACAUGACAAGACGCAGAUGUGUAAAACCAAUCGAUAAACCAUUGAGUAGACAUUCUCAAAUAGGUAGUGAUGGUAAGGUUUUAGCCUUAGCUACUGAUAGGAGCUCUGUCAGUAAUUUGUCAUCAAAGGGAAGCUACUACAAUAAGGGAACACAGAGUGGAUGGAUUAAUUCGUUCCUAGAGGGCCUGUGCAAGUAUCUCUCUUUCAGUAAGCUAGACGUGAAGGCAGACUUAAAGCAAGGGGAUCUUCUAAAUUCUUCAAAUCUUGUGUGCUCUCUGAGCUUCGACCGUGAUGGUGAUUUUUUUGCAAGUGCUGGUGUAAAUAGGAAAAUCAAGGUCUUUGAUUACAAUUCAAUCUUAAAUGAAGAUCAUGAUAUUCAUUAUCCCGUUGUCGAAAUGGUUAGUAAAUCAAAGCUAAGCAGUAUUUGUUGGAAUAGCUAUAUCAAAAGCCAAAUUGCUUCGAGUAACUUUGAAGGUUUAGUGCAGGUAUGGGAUGUCACAAGAAGCCAACUUUUCAUGGAAAUGAGAGAGCAUGAGAGGAGGGUCUGGUCCGUGGACUUCUCAGUAGCAGAUCCGACUAUGUUGGCCAGCGGCAGUGACGACGGUUCUGUUAAACUGUGGAACAUCAAUCAGGCAAUUAUAUAUUUUUGAAUUUUGGGGAUGUCAUCUUUGAAACCAAGUACAACAGCUUUGUCGUUAUUUUCAUGGUUCAUAAAGGUUCUUGUGAGACUUCCUUCAGUGUGAGGCAGAGAAAAAAUACCUUGAGGCUUAAGUGUCAAGAGAAUUUUAGGCAUUAUAAGGGUGGCAGUGUUGGAACCAUAAAAACAAAAGCAAAUGUGUGCUGUGUUCAAUUUCCCUUUGAUUCUGGUCAUUCCCUUGCAUUUGGUUCAGCAGAUCACAAGAUCUAUUACUAUGAUCUACGGAACUCUAAAGUGCCUUUAUGCACUCUAAUCGGUCACAACAAGACGAUAAGCUAUGUUAAGUUUAUUGAUUCAACAACACUUGUGUCUGCAUCAACAGAUAACACAAUAAAGCUUUGGGAUUUGUCAAUGUCCACAUCUCGAACUAUUGAUUGCCCUCUUCAGUCAUAUACUGGACACACGAAUGUAAAGAACUUCGUUGGCCUAUCUGUAUCUGAUGGUUACAUUGCAACCGGUUCAGAAACAAAUGAGGUUUUUAUUUACCACAAAGCUUUUCCAAUGCCUGCAUUAUCUUCAAACAAGUUUACUAGCACAGACCCACUUUGUGGAGAUGCAAUGGAUGAUGCUUCACAGUUUAUCUCAUCUGUUUGCUGGCAUGGUAAGUCAUCCACCUUAGUUGCUGCAAACUCAAUGGGUAAUAUGAAGAUUUUGGAGAUGGUUUAGUGCGUUCAAUAAUCCCUGGAGGCGUAAGAAGUAAGAACUAUGUUGCAAGAUGGGGAUUGAUCGGGGCGGUAAAAAGGAAAAAAAGGAAAUGUAAAUGCCUGCAAUCAGAGUUCUUGUGGCAUCUGAGGUGAAAUUUAUAGUAGGAACUGUAGGCUACAACAACAAAAAUGCAGUAAAAAUGAUUUUUUUAACUAGUCAAUAGUGCGAACCGCUAAUUUGGGAUAUGAGAGAUUUUAGUCUUUUAGAUAACACUUAGGAGUGGCAAUGCUGAAUAUGUAGUUUUUAGUCCCAUUUGGAAGUUUUUUUUACUCGACUGGGAAUGGCUCAAUGAAGUGAGAGACAUAAAUGUUGCUUGCCUAGGCAGCCUAGACAUGAUAGUUUCUGUCACUUCAAUUUGUAGUAAGAGAUUAGUUCCAUUUUUAUUUGUACUAAGAGCAGUUCCGCUGCCAAAGGAUGUCCAAAAAUUGGUACGACAGGUCAAAGGAAUGAUUGAUUCGUGGAUUGUCCAACCUUUAUUUAUAGUUUUUGAUCUUUAUUCCACUUGAGUUUUAUUAAUUCAAUAUACAAAACACGACUUCCU